CGCUCUGGCAAAGCUCAAACUUGUAUGUUUCGCAAUGGUGUGGAUUGCUGAUUCUUCUGCGUGAACUUUCAUUUUUUCGCUGCAUUUUUUACGAUUAAAAUCGAGUGAAAUUAAUUACAAAUGCAACCGUGAUCACAUUUUACAGCAUUUAAUAGUAAGUAGAUUGAGAGGCAGUUAUGUCGCGGCUUUCUAAGAGGAAUGUACUGAUACUUGUCAUCUUUAUAUUUUUCAUCAUUUUUGGUACAGUCUACAACUACGAAGACAAUUUCAAUAAUUUAACUGAAAAUAGCCGGAAUGACUUUGGUGCUAUGCAGCUUUGGCAUGCAUUGCAAGACACGGUCGUCAUAGAUAAACCAGUUUUAAAGAAUGCAUUACUUGAAAAUAAAUCAAACAUUACAACAAUAUUAAAGAAAUCACCUGAGGUGGUAAACAAAGAUGUAGCCAUGCGCCUAUCGUCAGCAAAAUUGAAUCCAGCAAAAACUCUGGACACAAUCAAACAGCUCCCUCUGGAGGGCCAGCAAUGCCAGCCUAGAACAAAUAUUGCUUUUUUCAAGAUGCAUAAGUGUAGUAGCAGUACUGUCCAGAAUAUUUUAUUUCGUUAUGGAGAUGUGAAGGAUUUGAAUUUUGUGUUGCCAGUAAUUGGAAAUUAUCUGGGUCGUGAUCUGUUUAACAAACGUAACAUGCGAAAGUUCCGGACGGAGGAUUACAAUAUACUUUGUCAUCACACACGAUUUAGUUACAGAGGAAUGCAAGAGGUUUUACCAGCAGAUGCGGUCUUUGUAACAAUCAUUCGUGAUCCAGCUACCAUGUUCGAAUCAAUGUUCACAUACUCAAAAUACGAUGCUCUUUACCAUCUCUCACAUUAUGCUGACCCCUUAGAAAAAUUCCUGAAUAAUCCAGAUUUAUAUUAUUCGUCAAACCGUGCCAAGAGCCACGCAAAAAAUCCAAUGCUGUAUGACUUAGGUUUAUCGAUUGAUCAAAAAGAUAAUAUGCAAAAAAUUGAUGCCAUGAUAACAGAAUUAAGUGAUCAAUUUAACCUUGUUAUGAUUACAGAAUAUUUUGAUGAAUCACUGAUAUUGUUGAAGGAAUUAAUGUGCUGGAGUCUGGAUGAUGUUGUGUAUGUUGUUCUUAAUGCACGCGCUAAAGAAUCUGUGAGAAAGAUUUCUCCAGAAAAUGCUGACAAAAUUAGACAGUGGAAUGCUGGGGAUGUUAAACUUUAUGAACAUUUUAACAAGACAUUUUGGCGUAAAGUUGAAAGUUUUGGCAAGGAGAAGAUGGCGAAAGAAGUCGCAGAAUUACGUGAACGGAAAAGAUACUUUGUAGAACGUUGUGUAGGUUCCGUAGUAGAAAAUGACAAGAAAGUUUGGCAUCCAGGUGGCAUAAAGGUAGAAAGCUUUCGUUUGAAGCCUGAAGCCUUCAAAGAUAUGGCCUGUGUUCGUUUAAUUCGUACAGAACUCCCAUAUACUGACUAUUUAAUGCGCAAACAGGUUCUAAGGUUUCGACACAUGCCUUGAGUUCUCAGAUAGUUCAAAGCUAUUUUUAUACAGAUUUUGUGUGUGAUCAUGAGAAUAGAAUAAGACAAUUUUUUAGGCCAAAUAUCCUCAUCCUUUUUUUUUUCAAUGGAAAACGAGGAUGAGUACACAAUUUUUUUAACCAAAAAGGUAACCGUGGGGCACUGCGCUGAUGAUCAUCACCCGAUGUGCUUGAAUGGAGCAUCAAAUUGUCUUUAAUAGGAAACAGCUCAGUGGGUCAUCAAAGUCAAUUUGAUGGUAUUUGUUCUUCAAGCACUCACAAAGAGAGGAGAUGGAUUUGUCGCCCUACCGUCGUACACUGACUGCUGGAAGACACAAUGUCAACCAUAACGUCAUAUAUGUGUCAGGUCUAAAUAAAAUGCAGGACAAUGCAAAAAACAUAUAGGGGUGUUUUAAGAUAUUAAUGUGACCUAUAGUGUUCGAGAAAUACAAUGAGAAUCCAGACACCAUGUAAAACUGAUUAUAAAAGGGUUUUAUUGGUCAAAUGCGUGACUACAAGACGCAGCUUGCUGGCCACGCCAGUCCUCCGAGUCUCCUCUCUCUCUCUAGUUUAUCCUAUCGGUCGGCCCACGAGACUAUUUCGCGGGACCAUCCCAUAAUAAGUAUGUUGAAUAGUUGAAAGGUUACACUAACAUUAGUUCAAAGUAGUUCAAAAGCCGGGCACUCGCUGUGCCCAAUGGUUGUUUUUAUUGAGAACACCAUGACGGUCGUACAACGAGCGGGUGCCUGCUUUACAGGUAAAAAUUAGAUGAAUUUAUAUUUUACUUUUUAAUUAUUGAUAAUGAAAGACUGCAUUUUAAACUUGAUUCUGAUUGGCAGUUAAUUAAUUUCAGUAAUGUUAUUAGCCAAUAGAGGUUCUUUUUAUAUACUAUUCAGUACUUAAAGCAAUUUUAUUUAGACUUUGCCUUGUUGUGUUUAAUAUCAGACAAAAGUUACCUUUUAACGGUUUUAUUUUUAGCCUUUCAUAUUACUUGGGAUAUUUGUGCAAUUUUAUAGUUUUGCCACUUAAUUUUGUAUUCAGGGUAACAAGAACAGUAAAGAAAGUUGUUCCAGAAAGUGAAAUAAUUAUACAUAGAGUAUAAUGGUAGCAGAAACAAUAAUUCACUUAAUAUGCAAUAGUGCGUGUCUAUGUGCAGGUAUGUGUCUGUAUGUCCUUCCUGCCAGGCGCAUAACUCAAAAAUUACUAGACCAAUUUACUUUAAUUUUACUCAACUUGACAGUGUUACAUGUAUCUCGGUCCACAGAUUUGCAGAUUUUAGAAUGUUACAUAUUUACCAGCUAGGCUUGAGUGGAUCAAUUGCAGGCAAUUAUUUUUUAGUGCGUAGAUGUGGAGCAAAAAAGUGAGGGCUUGUAAUCUCAGGUUAUCUUGUUCUUUUUUAUUUAAAUUUUUAAUAAAUUUAGCAAUAUCAACAUUAACAUUCCAAAUGGUAAUUGUAUUUUUACUUUUCAUCACUUUGCGAUGGAAAAUUAGUUCAAAGUAAUUUCAAAGGCAACAAAAGGAACUUGACGCAUACACAUAAGUCUAAUUACCACUGUUAUCUGUGUACUGGUUGUUGGAUGUGAAAUGUAAUAAGGAUUACACCAAAUCCUGCCAAAUAUUUUGAUCUGGCCCGCGCAUCAUUGCUAAAAAUCAAUAAAUUUCCGGCUGAUUUUUAGAAAAAAAUUUCAGUUUAUAGAAACACAACCUAGGGCUAGGCACCACUCUACUUUAGCGUUGUUUACAAGAAAGAGCGUGGCUACAGUAGCUCACUGUGCUAUCCAGUGGCGUAGGGUAUUGACAUGGGAAGGGGAGACAAAUGGGGAUAGUGGAUUAACUGGGUUGCUGAUAUAACGCGACGACUAACCAUUUGUGGCACCAGCAGGCUCGGGGCUUGUUAUUCUGUUGAAAACACUGUUAAAAAUUUGCUCACCUGAACCCGGCCACUGGUGAGUGGAUAUUUUUGUGUUAGGAAAUUUUCUAGUUGCUGGGUAGAAGAACCUGGAGUGCAAUUUUUUUUUUUUUUUUUAAUUUCAAAUAAAAUGAAGAAAACGAAAUUAUAUUCAAAUUUUAAAUCUGAGAGUACUAUUUCCGACCAUCUAGGUGCCAUAUUAAUAAAAUUUCUUACCCCAGCCCCAACCAUAGUAGGGCUAAGGUGGCAUUUACCCCCCAUCUGUGGAAGUUCUUCCCUGGGCCCUGCUACUUCGAAUCCACUGCUAUAGAAGAAAAUAGGUGGGGCUGACAUAAAAAAAUGAAAGUACACAAUUUAUGUCGACCCGCCACUGGUCACUGGAAGGGGUGGGAAGGAGAAGAGAAAAGGUUAACAGGGUGAUGAUAAAGGAGUUCAACAAUAUAUUGCCAUAUUUUUUUUGUUACAGUGUUAGGAUGUAAUAAGCUCAUUGCCUAGUUUAUCAGUUUGAAACAAAUUUUGUAUGAUUUUGCACUUAAUUUUUGCAGUUCUUUUUUGUUUUCAAUUGUGUAUAAUAGCCUGCUCAUUCUUGUUUUUUUUUACUUGUUUCUUGUUUAAUGCUCUUUCUUGCAUUUACUUAAAAAAAAUAUUACUUAAAAAUUCAGUCAGUUGAGAUGAAUUCAUUUUCUAUUUUUCAAAACAAUUAUUCUUAUUUUGCUUAUAAAUAUAAGAACAGGGUAUUUUGUUUUCAUUGUGUACAGUAUAUAUAAAGUGCACACAGACUUUUGCAUAUAUGUACUUAGGUUAGUGUUUUCGUAGUACUAUUUUGGAAUUAAAUACUUAAGCUUCAAUCA